AGAACCAGGGAAAAUCCAGCCAUCGCGAGAUCGCUCGUCGCUAGCUUGUCCCUUGUCCUCAAUUACACAAUCGGAGUGGGGAUAUACAAUCGUAUAACAUUCGAGCAGAGCAAACAUAAGCGUCCAUACUUAACCAUGACUAUUCAGAAUCUGCUCCCUGCGAACUUCGCCUAUGUAAUUCUGACGAUUUUCUACAGCUGGGUCAUGCUGUCUUAUUUGGGCGUCAAAGUGGGAAAGGCGAGGAAGAAGUACGAUGUUAAGUACCCUACAAUGUACAGUGACAAGGAUCCAGUUUUCAACUGCAUUCAAAGAGCUCAUCAAAACACACUGGAAGUGUACCCUCAGUGGCUGAUCUUCCAGUGUAUCUCCGGACUUGCCUACCCUACGGUUGCCUCUGUGCUGGGGGUUAUUUGGGUCACCAGCAGGUUCUCCUAUGCCUGGGGGUAUUACACUGGAGACCCUGCAAAGAGGAUGAACGGUGCCUAUGGGUACAUUGGAUAUCUUGGUGUCAUUUUGCUGUCUCUUGCAGCAGCUCUUCAAUUGCAGAAUAUGCUGUAAUCAGUGUAACCUACAAAAGAUGAUGAUGAGGAUGAUGAUUAGCACUUAUUUACUGUGAAAACUUCCAUUGCAACACACUGGUACAUUUCCAAACUGACUCUGCAGGUAGACCAUGCCUGAGAAUAUAAAUAUUAAUUCAUAGCUUCACGCAACAUUUAAAAAGUGUGUCUCUUGUGUCCAAAAAAAAAAAAUAGUAAUCAACAGCAAUUAUUUCCAUUGUAGGCAAAUCACAAGCUUCUAAUUUAGAACACUGUGGAUGUGAAAGAGGCCAGUAGAAAGAGACAUGUCUUUGCUAUGUGAUGUACAGUACUGUACUUUAUUGUGGUUUUAGAUGAUUCUGCACUAUGUAUAGCUUGUGAUCACAGUAUUUUGGUAGCCUCACUAUUAAUCUGUUGAGUGUCAUGAUCACCUGUGAGACCGGAAUAGAAACUGAACUGAAUGUUUGUUUUACACAUCUGUCCAGGCUAGUUUAACAGAGUAAGCUCUUUAUUAUAAAUGCCAGUAAUUCAAAUGGAACUGCAUUCCAUUAUGUUCCAAUAAAGAGAUUUUCUUUUCUCGA